AUGCUAGUUUAUUUGAAUGUCGGCACGAUGUAUAGAUCGUCCUUGAAAUUCCUUUACGUUUUCGUUGCUCUAAUUUAUUUAACGCAGGGAAGCAUCACAAAGGAAGAAGGCAAGGUGUUGAUUUCGCGUGUUGAAACUAUCUUGUCCGACAUAAGUCGUUUCACGGAAGUGAAAGAAGCGGAAGUGAAGAAAUUACUCAAAGAAGCUGAAAAACUUAGCGGAGGCGUUGGAAUAUCCCUGGAAGAAAAACGGAUGGUAUUGAAUGCUAUGGGCUUUAAACCGGGUCACUGGUAUGCCUGUCCCAAUGGGCACAUAUACGCUAUUGGCGAUUGUGGAGGAGCUAUGGUAGAGUCACAAUGUCCGGAGUGCCACGAACGCAUCGGAGGUAGAAAUCAUUCCCUGAUCGCGACAAACCGUGUUGCGACUGAAAUGGACGGUUCAAGGCACCCUGCGUGGUCCAAUGCUUACAACAACAUGGCGAACUUUGAAUUGUAG